GUCGCGAUGCAAUGCUCGUAAGCCGAGAGGUGAUUUGGGCGAGGCUUCGGAGUGAAUGUCGGCAUUUUCGAGUGAGUAACCCUCAUUAAGGGACGGGACAUUUUACUGUGUCGAAACACUCAGGACUGAUCACGAGGAUAAACAGGUCAGCAGCCGACUUAAAUCUUCAAAUUCACUCAAAGGAGGAUACAAAGCGAAGCAAUUUGCCAAGAAGCCUCCCAGUGAAACUUCGAGUUCGAGACCCGUUCCAAAUUCACCUGUCUGAAUUUUUUCUUUGACAAUCACAGACGUCCGUCGUGUAUCGGGCAGUGUGAGAGGUGGUGGUGACGGAAAGCUGUACCCGCAGACAGAGCGAUGGUAAACUGCCAUACAAGGAAUAUACAGUGACACGACACUUGAAACACCAGCCGAUUGUGUACCGCCUCUUAUUUGAGACAACAUGAAAUGUUUACAUCUGGCAUUUGUUUACAUACUUCUACAGGUGUCGAGGGCGGAGAUUCUGGCCAACUUCACUGCAGGCAUCUCCUCCACCGAGUCCACAGUAACUGUGAGAUGGGACAUCGUGAACUUGGUCAACGACACACAGUAUAUGCUGAAACACCACCGAACAGGCGGCAUCUUCAUCACUGACCUCUACUUCCACCACCCCUUCAACCAUUCGCACAUAGAGCACACAAUAACCAACCUCUACCCCGGUGUCAACUACACCAUAUACAUCUUCCGCAACAGCAACAGCAGCGAUGGCAGGAUUUUCAUCAAGAGCGUCAACACAAUUCCUCUGCCUCCUGUGAAUGUUGCAUCCACAUCAGUCGGGACGACAUGGGUUGACCUGACUUGGGAUGAAGGGUACAACAGUACCCAGGAAUCCCACCAGAUAGUGUACACCGAUCAGCUGAACAGUGGAACAAGCACCGUCCAGGGCACAGCGGGCACCUCCUUCAAUCUGACUGGACUGCAUCCCGGACAUCGGUAUAAUGUCCGCAUCAAGGCCAUGACCGGAGACAAGACUAGCAAUGAGUCUGAAGCGGUAACAAUCACUACAGUGCCAUCUUCUCCGAUCAACUUGGCGGUCAGUGCAGUCAACACCACCCAUCUCACGGCCACAUGGGAGUAUGCUGCAGACAGUUUGCAGGAUGGGUAUCGACUAUCCUAUAUGGAGUCUGACAAGACGGAGGAGUUAAAUGCAACAUGUUCCGCUGCCCCACCAUGUGUGUUUGCUCCUGGGGCACUUCCUGGACAUCUGUAUCGGAUACUGGUGUUUGCCACCAGGGACAACUUGACCAGCACUGCCGUCAUGGCACAGAGGAACACAAAGCCUGUGGCUGUGAGGGGCUUGGAUGGUUCUGCCGGCGUCCGUCGGAUCGAAGUGACAUGGUCGGCACCGUUACACUCGGAAGUUGAAUAUUUUGAAGUUUCAGUUGUCAACACUCAGACAACGGCUGAGCAAAUAUUCAAUAAGACCUUGGAAUCUGUGGUGGGACGGAAGUAUAUAUUCAGUGAAGACACCUUGAUGGGAGGAGUUUCUUACAACGUUCAUGUCUUCAUGUUGCAGCUGCUGGUUACAACAAGGAGAUGUGACAAGGUGGCUGAAUGUUGCAGCUGCUUUCCGGAGAGCCCUACUGCCUUGAAGGGAACAGCCGAGAACACCACAGCUCUCACCAUCUCCUGGACAUUGCCCCAACACUCCCACUUUGAGCACAUCCUCAUCAUGUUGACUAAACCCACUCAAGAAAUGGUGAAUAUCUCCCUGGACAAGGAGGAAACCAGGACCACUAUCGUCAAUCUCCUCCCUGGUUCUGCCUAUCAAGUGUCAGUGCUCGUCACUACCAAAGCUGUCAGCAGCAGUCCAAUCACAAUGACCUUCAGGACCAACAGUAACCCAGAUUACUUCAUCCUCACAGUUGUUGACGUGCCGGGACAGAGGAACAUAUCUGUAGAGAAUCCUGUUGCUGUGCUGGAGAAUCUGUCGGCAGGGAAGGAGUAUGUAGUCAACUCCUAUGCUGUCAGUGGUAAUCAAGACAGUCAAACAGUGAUGCGCACCUUCUAUACAAAACCACUUCCUCCGACUGGGGUGAAUGUGACAGCCUUCAACUCAACUGCUAUUGACGUCACAUGGGUGGCCCCGGAGACAGGAACAUACCACAACUUCACCGUGACCCUUGUCCAAAUCGAUGGCAACAGCCAGGUGAUGACCGCUCAGACAACCAACUUGUAUUAUGCCUUCCCCAUCGUUGAAGCUGGGCAGACAUACAACAUCACCGUGGUGACCAAUCUGGGGAUUGAACAGAGCUCACCAGUACUGAAACAUGUGACUACAACACCCUUCCCCAUUAGCCACUCGUGGGUGUCCUUGAGGGGCACAACAAAGGUCAUAAUAAACUGGGACGCUCCCACAGGGACGUCAUACGAUUAUUUCGUUUAUAAUUUCCCCCUUGGUGACACUACCAUGGGAGAAUUACCCAGUGAUCAGUUUGACCUGAUACUAGAUAACCUUGACCCAGGGAAGGAUUACUCCAUCACAUUGUACGCUGUCAGUAGAGGAAUCAAAGACAGUUUAAUGAGCGCUGGAACUACGUUGUACUUUACAACCUACCCCACCUCUGUUGCCACCCUGCAGAAGAUUGAGGCCAACACUACGGCCAUUCAUGUCAACUGGACCUCACCGGUGUCUCAACACUUUGACUACUUCAACCUAGUGAUAGAUCCACAGGAUGGUCCAACACCCAAUAUUACACGGGGGAUUGGAGACUCAACGUUCUGGUUUGGAGGCCUGAGUCCUGGGAAGAUGUACAACAUCACCAUCAACACCGUCAAACAUCGGGGCGCUGAGACCGUCUGGGGAAUGGCCACCUACAUCGUGGCAGUCACAGAGCCGGAACCGGUAGUCAAUCUUGGUGUGAUGCCUGUUGAUGAAGAGACUCUCAGUGUGAAAUGGAAUUUAAAUGCUGUUUCUCAACAAGAUUACUUCAUUCUUGAAUAUGGUACCGGUACCGAUGACCAGCUGCGAUCGCGACAAGUCGAGUACUUGUCUGGCCAGACAUCCUACGAGGUCAGCCUGACCCAGCUGUUGAGCGGGUACACCUACAAUGUGACUGUGAAGGCGGUGCGAGCGGUGCCCCAGUUAGACUCGGCCGACAGUUCAACACAGUCUCAGACAGCAACCACAGCACCUAAGCCUGUGACGUCCCUCCAAGCUGUGGUAAAUGGGACGACAGUCAACCUACAGUGGGAAGCUGAGACUGGCAGCAAACAGGACGUGUUCCGAGUCGACUUUAGACCUGUGUUCCGGAACUCUGCCGCAGCCUUCAUUGAACAGAACACUACCCAGCCAGCCUUGUCUCUGCCGGGCCUGUUUCCUGGUGAAAUGUACCAGAUCCGAGUGUAUGCCAUUAGUGGGAAUAUGAUCAGUGAAAUGACCCCCAAAACAGCUGUUAUAGCCCCCCUGGCCCCAACUGACUUGUCCAUAAUGUCGGAGCUGACCACAACCUCCACCGUGACCUUGGGCUGGACGUACCAGCAGGACGAGACCUUUGUCCAGGCAUGGUCUGUCAGUGCCUACAAUGACACCUUCUCCCUGCCGGCUGCCACUGUUACACCUGGUUCCAGCACCCUGGUGCAGUACACUGUUGAUAGUCUGAAAGCUGGUGCCAAGUAUCAGUUUCAUGUCAUGGCCACUGUUGAAGGGAAGGAGUCAGCCACACAGACCGUCAACACCACCGUCAAGCCCCUGCUGAAUAUUGCAUGGAGUGAGUCGACCCAGCAGACGACCAAUGCCUCCGUGGUCUUCACCUACAGCCUCCCCAGCAGCGACGACAUCUUCACCGGCAUCCGCUUCUCCGUCAACGCUAGUGUCCCUGACAUCUUCCGUCCCAAGAGCAACGUCAGUGUUGUCAAAUUCGACAGCCUGGUGGCUGGAACACUAUACAAUGUGCGGGCAGUCAGUGAAAUCAGCGAUAUGAUCAGUGAUCCCAAGUUUCUGCCCAUCAGAACCAGACCAAACCCAGUGCCUGUGACCUACUCUUCAAUGUCUAAUGAGAUCAAGAUCCACUUCGGGCAGCUGAACGGCAAUGCUGAUGCAUUUGUUGUGAAAUGUGACAUGAAAGGGGUGACAUGCUGGAACCACAACUACCCCUCCCAGGUACAUGAAGUGACGGUCAACAACCUACAGCCCUACACCAACUACAACAUCACUGUGCUCACCAGCGCUGGAGCCAAGAGCGAGAGUCAGACAUUCUUGAUAAGAACCAAAGAGGCUGCUCCAUCCAAAGUGCGUAACGUGAACGCUGUGAGGACAUCGAGUCUGACGUCUGUGCUGGUCACAUGGAACGAGCCACAGUACACGAAUGGGGAGGUCCAGCACUAUGUCAUCUCAUAUUCUGGUUAUGAUCAGUCAAUCAAUGGGCCUAAAGACAAUGGAAGCAAGGAGGCUGACAGCAGCAGCAGGAGACUUGAGUUGACUGGUCUCAAAGCUGGAUUCUUCUAUACAGUUUCUGUGAGGGCAUUUACAGUGGAUCUUGGCAGUCCAGGACGUGCAACAGUCCAGCUGGGAACAGCAGCACCAGCUCUAAAGGCUGGUUUCACCCAGGACUCUGCAAAACCCCGACAAGCAGCCACGGAACCAGGAAAUAUUGGUGAAACAUUCGUCAAGGUGACUUUUCCUAACUCUUUCUCGGACGCCAAUGGACGAAUUGUCCAAUAUACAGUGAUCGUGUCGACCGAUGGCGCUCUCACUGAGCUGACGUCACCCCAGCUGCCCAGCUGGAAGGAGGCUCAGCAGAAGGCCACCAUCAAGGCGUACCAGACCAUCGGGAACUGCUCAGACUUCUUCCUGGCAGACUCAACGUGUGGUGCCCCAGGUAGGAGGAGGCGGGCUGCGGAGACGGUAACGUACAAGGUGUUCACAGUUGGAUCCCAGACCAGCUGUGGCAACACAGACUACUGUAACGGCCCUCUGAAACCUGAAACUACUUACUACUUCAAGCUCCGAGCUUACACAAUUGGCGGAUACAGGGACACUGCGUAUUCACAAAAAAUAAAAACAGCUGCCACACCCACCAAUAUUGGGGGUAUUGUUGGAGGUGUCAUAGCAGCCAUCAUCAUCAUCGCCAUCAUUGCUGUCGUGCUCAUCUUCCUUCGCCGACGAAUCCCUAAACGUGCACACAAGUACAAUGGUGACCGCAUUCAGUUCGAGCAGUCCAGUAUGCACAAGUUUAGUCGUCCUGUGAAGUUGGCUGAGUUCAAGGAACAUGUGAGGAAAAUGACAGCUGACUCCGACUUUAGAUAUGCUGAGGAAUACGAGGACUUGAAAGAAAUUGGAAGGGAUGGGCCAUGUAUGGCAGCAGAGUUCCCAGCAAAUAGACCCAAGAACCGAUUCACGAACAUCCUGCCGUAUGACCACUCACGGGUGAAACUUCUUCCUACCGAUGAUGAUGAAGGCUCUGACUACAUCAAUGCUAACUAUAUGCCAGGUUACGUGUCUAAGCGAGAGUACAUCGCGACCCAGGGCCCACUCCCAUCAACACGUGAUGAUUUCUGGAGAAUGUUAUGGGAACAAAAUGCACGGAACAUCGUCAUGUUGACCAAGUGUAGUGAGAAAGGAAGGGAGAAAAGUGACCACUACUGGCCAAAUGAUUCCGAGCCCAAGUUUUACGGUGACCUGCAAGUGGCUAUACUGAAUGAAACCCAUCUGCCGGACUGGACAAUAUCAGAGUUUAGGAUACAGCUGGGAGAACAACCACAACAGAUCCGACAUUUCCAUUACAAAGCCUGGCCCGAUUUUGGCGUUCCCAAAGAUCCCACAUCUCUCAUACGAUUUGUCCGUACUGUACGAGAGAAGAUGUUCAGAGAUGGAGGCCCUAUCAUCACCCACUGCAGUGCUGGUGUUGGUCGGUCGGGGACGUUCAUUGUGUUGGAUCACUCUCUGCAGCACAUCAAGGAGAAGGACAUUAUAGACAUAUACCAGAUUGUCUAUAAGCUGAGGAAAGAGAGAGUGUUGAUGGUGCAAACAGAGCAACAAUACAAGUUUAUUCAUGAGUGCGUGCUGUGUGUGUUAGAAGGGCGUGAGGACGAGGCCACGUACGCCAACGUUGGUCAUGUCAAUGUCGCAUAUGAAGGUCACAUGAGCAGAAGCAGUCUUUCAACACAGCUAUCUAUUGAAGAUGAUGAGGGCAUCAAUGUGGAGAUUCCCUAAAAUGGAGGCGAUGACGUGUCUAUAUUCAGAGGUCAAGGUCAUCAUAUGUGUUGUGAUACAUGACUGACAGGUGUCAGUCAUAGACAAUUGUGAUAUAUUAUCAUGAUGGACGUUUUUCAAAGGCAUUCAGAUUUGAUUGUGAAAUAAACCAAGAUUCCUGGGAACAAGAUGCCAUGUUUCAACCAUUGGAAACAGCAGCAGCUCAUCCUUUGACUUGUAUUUUUGUACAGUCAGAGGGUUACUGGAGACAGUUUAACAUAUGCAAGGUUUCGUUUGUAAACUAUGAAGUGCAGUAUACGUGUGUGUGGGUUGUCUCGUGAUAUAUACAAGCAAGUGUAAAUGUCAGUGUCAAUGUGCCGGUGCUCAAACAUAAAUUCAGAGCUUUAUUACCAAGUACUGAAGGACUUCAAGCCAAGCUCAAGUGAUUCAAAUGUACCACAAGCUGCAUUUAGCUGCAAUAUUGCUGAUGCGGCUUAAAGCAACAUCUACUCACUCACUCACUCACUCACUCACUCACUCACUCACUCACUCACCAUAAUAUAAUUUUUCUUCCAAAUAUUUAAAAAUAUAUUUGUAGCAGAAUUUGAUGUAAGUCACUGUUAAUCCGUUACAUGCUUGAAAGUAUUCUGGAGCAGAUCCGUGAUAUGUCAUUUCUGUUGCGAGGACAAUGGUUGCGCUGACGUUGUCCCCUGUUUUGAUGCCAUGUGUGCACAUGACAGGGAACAACUCGCCAUUUUGAGAUUUGCCAUUUUUAUGUAGCUAGUCAUCGGGUUUUACAUGUUGGUUCAGCCUUUUAUGCCUUUUUAGGAUGUUUUUAGAAAUCAUUCUGAAAGCAGUUUAUUGAUUAGUUUUCCUACUCCAAUGAUCAAAAGUUGAUGGCAAGGGAGCUGUGACUGACAACUCAAUCAAAAUGUAUGCUCAAACAUGGAACAUAUUUUCAUAUGAAUGUUCAUUUUGUAAUUUGUGUCAAGGUAUAACAGUGUCUUGACAAUAGAUCACACUACAAAAUCAGCUUUCUAAAUGCACUGUGCCCCUGAAGAUAUGGAUUCGAAUUCUUUUUCAGACACCGUUAGUUGUCAUAAAAGGCUACUAAAGUGAUCCUGGAUCAUGCUCAGCAACCUUUUUCAUGCAUAUCAUAGAUCAAUACUCACCUAAAUCACUGGAUUGUGUGGUCCAGACUUGCUUACAUACAGACCACUAUCAUAUAGCUUGAAAGUUGCUCAGUGUGUCAGGAACAGCAAACACACCAACCUGCCGGACCAUGCUAUAUUACUGUUUUUUUGUUUUAUUUCAUUUAUCUUUUGUCUCACGCUGGUAUUUCUCAUCUUUUAAAACCUGAAACACACAUGAUAAGUAGUCAUUAAGAAAAAGGAGCUUUGUAUUAUAUCUCAGUGGUGCCUAGAUUUACAUGUACAGUUUAUUUGUCCGUUUGUCCCACAUGGGUAUUUGAUAUUAUUGAAGUAUCUCCUCCACAACAAUAUGAUAUUGUAGACCUUGCCACAGACUCACAGCAUUACAAGAACAGAUUUCAACAAUUCCCUUAACCACACAUAAGAUGAGGCCGGAAAACGCUCUUUGUGUGAAUAUACCAUCUGUUUAGUUGAUUUUUCUGGGAAAAAAUCCCUUUUCAUUUAAGUGCUUUCCUGGAGCAAACAUGACCGAUCCAAAAGUGGCAUGAAACCAUGCUCACUCACUGACUCAUUGUAGUAUACAUGUCUGGUAACAUAAGUUCAUAGUCACCGAACUUAACAAUAGAAAAUGUCUGACAUUACAAAUUUCAUAGGUAUACCAAUAACAUUCAGUACUGUUACAAAAUCAACACGUUUUUAUGUUUUAGAAUUGUUGUAGGAUAUUACAUCAAUGUUGGUAUCACAAUACCUGUCUUGUGAUUGAUAGAAGCAUGGCUGACCAUGAGAUAAUGCUGUAGCUGGGCUACAGUCUGUACCACUCAUGCAGGAAUACCUUUGUAUGUGUUGUUACUGCCGUUGCUGACAGCACAAUACUCGUGACCUCCACUUCUCACUAGUCACAGAUGUCAGUUAUUUUUUUCACUCUACAUUGCCAAACCUUUAACCCUUGUAUACAUGGCAUGUUUGCCAUCAGCUUCAGUGCGUUUCUCACAAACAUAUUUGUCUAAGUAUUUUCAGUCACAUUGACAUAUAAUCACAAAAAUAUGUUCAUGUUCAUAUAUUUAAGUCUAUGGUUGUAAGUAUAACAUAAUAAUGAAGCAAAUUGUAUUAUACAUUUCAAUUGCCUCCAAUUAAGUUUUAUGUGUUUAAUUUCUUUGUGCUCAUCCCUUGAUCUGAGAUCACUACAGAGUUCCUAAUGUGCACAACAGUGGAUGAUGAAAGUAAGAAAAUUGUGUGUCCCGAGAGUGCAACUUUUUUCUCAAAUAAAUGGCACAUUAACAGAAUGAAUAUGCAUGGUGCGGAACCCCAGGACCUGAUGUUAUUGUGUAGCAAGCACCUGUUGCUACCUGUUGCAUAGAUAUGUCAUAGUUGUUUACGUCAACCAGUUGUUGAAUUCUGGGAGAAAUUGCCAAUGAAAUGUGUUGAUAUUUAUUCCGUAAUUAUUUCAAAUUGUGGGCAUUCAUAUAUCUCCAAUGUUGUAUAUAAAAAGUAAUCAAGAAUGUACUCUAAUUAUUCAAUAUAUUACAAUACAGAUGAAUUAACAUUAAAACGUUAAUAGUCCAUAUAAGAGAAUAUUCUUGCUUUAUUUAAAUCUUUUUUUUUAAUAAAAAUAUUUAUAAGUAAUUGCAUGACAGUGGUAAAAUACUAACUAUUAAGUAAGAUUACAUUAAGCUUGAAUUACUGUACACAUUUCUGUCGCUUGUUACGUGAUGAUGGUCACAAUUCGACUGACUUAGUCAAAGCUCAGGUGGUUAUGAAUUACUUACGGAACAUUCCAAUUAUCAUUCAUUUUUAAGCUCAUUUAUAAUGCUGUAGAAAAAUAGGUACCUGAGCAAACAUCUUUGUAGUGUCCAGUCUGUCAACCUCAAUUUCAAUGCUCCAUGUUGUGCUGUGAAUUUUGUAAUUUAAUGAGACUUUAGUUUGUUUGAGUGACUGAUGUUGAAAGAAUUACAGUUUUAAUAUGUAUGUGUGGAAGUUCUGUAAUUCUGUUGUUUAUAACGUUGGUCAUUAGUUUGGAAUGUUGGACAUUUUACCAGUAUGGAUAUUUUAUGUUCUUGUCCUGUUAGGCUGUGAGUCAUCUUCCACGCAGCUAUGGCUAACACCACGCAAUGCUAGGAAGAUACAGUGAUAGAUAUGCACAUUCCUUUAUGCACAUUACAGCAUAGAGAAUAGUAACUUGGAAAUUGAUAUUUUUUGUGCGAUAGUAAAUAGUAAAUGAUACUGCAGUAAAUCUUGUAACACAUUUACGAUGUGCCUUACGAUUAACUGAAUGAUGUAUUUAGUUUCUGUAAUGAUUGUAAAAUUACAAGUGCCUGAGACUGAAAAUGUCUUCAGUUUGCUCAAAAAGAAUUAUCCUUAAUAAUUAUGAUAACUAAAUUUCUUUGAUAUUCUUGAAGACUUCAAGCUGAUGUCCAUCUUUGAUGUUUUUCCUCUUGUUUUGUAUUUUUGUUUUACCGAUUCCUUAACUUUGUAACGCCAUUGCCUACACAAGCCUUCCACAGCUUCCAGUUGGUAUAAUAUUAUAUUCUUCCUUGAACUUUGUAUUUUGUACUUAAUUCUUAAUUAUGACUUGAAAUGUUGUAACCAUACAAUUAUUGUGAUAAAGCAACGUGUUCAUAAAACAGUCAUAUCAUGGUAGUUUUACUCGACAGGCUAUGUAUAUAUUUCUUAUGCAAGGGUGUUUUAUAUAUAAUGGUUCACAUAUUUUUGUAUAAAUUGGAAGUUUUGUACAGUUGCAGUGAAAGAUUUAGUAAAAAUUGUAAAAUUAUUGUAGCAAUAUGAUAUUAAAUAUUUUCUCAGUAAACCAAAAUAUACAGUCAUAA